AUGGCAGUGAAGAGGACAGAGAAAGAACUGAACACAGAUGAACUGAUUAGCAGAAGAAAUGACACUUUACUACGGAGUAUGAUGACUACUGCUGCAGCUGCAAGAGAAGCAGGAGAAGAAGAAGAAGAAGAUAUAAUAAUGAAAGUAGUGCUUUCACAGCUCAGUGACACUGUUAUCUCCAUCUUCAACCUGGCUUUCUUAAUGGUUAUGAAGGCCGCAACUGCAUCACAAAGACAUUUAUUAUUCACUAGAAAAUAUCAGAAUAAGCCUCUUAUUGUCCUUUAA